CCCAGUUUGUUGCGCGCUCAGGAAGUGCGCGAAUACACUUUCCUUCAAACUAUACAAGGCUAGCCAAUGCUAGAUAAUAUUUUAAUUGUUCAUUUAAUUCAUCUCAAAUUGUGCUUCGGCAGUACUAUAUGACAGUACAGAUACCUACACAUCUCGUCUCAAAAUGUUUGCGGGGUUACCUGAGCUUGGAAUCUCCAACGGCGAAGAUCUUAAGGAAACUCUGACGAACUGCACAGAACCUCUGAAAGCCAUUGACCAGUUUCAGAUGGAGAAUGGCAUUUUGCUGCCCACCUUGCAGUCUGCAUUGCCAUUCCUGGAUCUUCAUGGUACACCUCGACUGGAGUUCCACCAGUCUGUAUUUGAUGAGCUUCGAGAAAAGCUGAUGGAGCGAGUUGCUUUUAUAGCAGAAGGCAAGGAGGAGGACAGAUACAGUAAGUUGGAGGAACUUCUUGAGAAGAGCUUUCCACUGGUUAAAAUGCCCUCCAUACAGCCUGUCGUCAUGCAAGUUAUGAAACACCUACCAAAGGUUCCUGAAAAGAAACUGAAGCAGGUGAUGGCUGAUAAGGACCUGUACAAGGUCUGCGCAGUGGAGGUGAAGAGGCAGAUCUGGCAGGACAACCAGGCGCUGUUUGGUGACGAGGUCUCUCCGUUGCUCAAACAGUACAUUGUGGAGAAAGAGGCGGCCCUUUUCAGCAGUGACCUCUCCAUCCUGCACAACUUCUUCAGUGCUUCACCAAAGACCCGCAGGCAGGGGGAGGUGGUGCAGAAGCUCACCCAGAUGAUCGGAAAGAACGUGAAGCUGUAUGACAUGGUGCUGCAGUUCCUUCGCACACUGUUCCUGCGCACACGUAAUGUACACUACUGCACCCUGCGCGCUGAACUCCUUAUGUCCCUCCACGACCUAGAUGUCAGUGAGAUCUGCUCCGUUGACCCCUGCCACAAGUUCACCUGGUGCUUGGAUGCCUGCAUCAGGGAAAAGUUUGUGGAUGCCAAGCGGGCUCGUGAGCUGCAGGGCUUCUUGGACGGUGUGAAGAAAGGGCAGGAACAAGUGCUGGGGGACCUCUCUAUGAUCCUGUGCGAUCCUUUUGCCAGUAACACCUUGGUACUGAGCACAGUGAGGAACUUGCAGGAGCUUCUCAGCCAAGAUGCCUUACCCAGAGACAGCCCAGACCUGCUUCUGCUACUGAGGAUGCUCUCGCUCGGCCAGGGAGCCUGGGACAUGAUCGACAGCCAGGUUUUCAAAGAGCCACGUCUGGAGUUGGAAGUUGUGACACGUUUCCUGCCUGCUAUGAUGUCAAUAGUGGUGGAUGACUAUACGUUCACUGUGGAGCAGAAACUACCUAGUGAAGAGAAGAGCUCGCUCACUUACCCUAUCGCUCUGCCUGAGACUUUUACCAGAUAUCUGCAGGACAACAGAGUAGCCUGUGAGAUGGGCCUUUAUUAUGUGCUUCACAUUGCUAAGCAGAGGAAUAACAAUGCUCUGCAGAGGUUGCUACCUGCUCUGGUGGAAACCUAUAAUGAUGUGGCAUUUGGAGACAUUUUCUUGCAUCUCCUCACUGGCCACCUGACCCUUCUCUCUGAUGAUUUUGGCUCAGAGGAUUUCUGCCAUGCGGUUUUUGACAAUUUUCUCCUCACCUCUUACUCAAGUAAGGAGAACGUGCACAGGCACACGCUACGACUGUUGAACCAUCUUCACCAGAAGGUUCACCCGUCCUCUAUGGGGAUCCUGAUCAAAACCCUUGAACCGCCCAAACAGAGCAGCGAUCCAGUUAAGGAGCUGUACAUGCAACUGGCAGAGAAACUGGAAGCUCUCAAGCGCAGUCCUCCGGAGCCUGAGGAGGCUCCUGCCUUGGACCUGGGCCUCCAUCCGGUCACGGUGCCCGCCUCGGCAUCCGCCCCCACCACGCCCCUCUGAGUCAGGCUACAGCAGGGCUCCACUAGGGCCUCUUCCUGCUUCAAAAUGGUUACUUUGAGAACCUUUUUGGUGUGAAUGGAUAUUUUAUUAACCUGUGUGUUGUCAAUUCAAAAGGAUACAUACCUAUUCUUGUACAGCACUGUUAUUGUGACUGACUGUGUAUGGUAUAGACACAUUUGCACUGUGCUUGUAGCCAGCCUAGAUGUAAAUAAAAUUCCUUAGUGUUUCAAA